UUAUUGUCUGAAUAUGGCCCAGACAGGAAGGAAGGAGAGAAUCUGCUUUUGCUCCUGUUUUCUUUAUGGACACAGAGUUUCCUCACAUCUGCAGAAGUUGAAGUUCAUUGAUCUCCUAUUUCUUUGUCUUCCUGAUCACACAGGUGUCCAUCUGUCAUGACUGGAUUUAGAUUUUCUUUGCUUGCCUUUAGUUGUGUCUUCAGGAGUGUUUUAGGUUUUUAUUAGUUUUUCUUCGUCACAGAUCUAAAUAAUUGUGGUCUACAGCCGAUCAGGCAUCACACUAGUCAUUAAAAUCAUUUUAAACUCCUUCAACAACACAGGGAUCUGUCAAGAUUAAUUUCACCCCUCAAUUUCACGGUUUACCGCUGGCGACGCAGAAGCGACUCCUCCAGCUCCAGUGGGACUGUUGUCAUGGUGACGCGUGUACGCGGGCUGUGUAGCGCCCUGAAGUGCGCGCUAAAACACCCGGGAAAGACCCCGUUUACAAGCACCAUUUCACCUGACAACACCGCACUCGACUGAGACACUGCACGCCUCAGCGGGAGGACGAUCAUGAGAGGAAAUCUUUCAGUACAACAGCCAUUCCCACAGUAGAGCAUCUCAUGAGCGGCGGUUCUUCAGAGAUGUCUGCGCUGAGUGACUCUGGCUUUGAGGAGGAUCUUCACACUUCUCCUGCAGCGGCUUCAAGCGCCCGACUGACCUCAGACCUGCACGAGUGUGACUAUGAAGAGAGCUGCUUCAUCAUCCAGAGACACAAUGAACUGCAGUUUCUGGCGCAGAACUGCCUCGCGCGACAACCGCAGAUUACAGCAGAGGCUCGCAGUAAACUGGUGAGCUGGCUCAUAGCGGUACACAGACAGCUCAAACUGUCUUUUGAAUCAUGCUGCUUGGCUGUUAAUAUCAUGGACCGUUUCCUGAUCACAACCUCAGUAGCUGCAGACUGUUUCCAGUUACUGGGAGUCACAUCUCUGCUGAUAGCCACAAAACAGGUUGAAGUGUAUUCACCUCGCAUCACACAGCUUCUGUCGCUUUGCUGCAAUACUUUUUCCAGAGAACAGCUGUGCAAUCUCGAAUGCCUGAUCCUUCUCAGACUCAAUUUCAGACUGGCUGCACCUACCCUUGCUUUCUUUCUGGACUAUUUCACCAGUCGCACAACUGGAUGUCAGACUGAUGAAGCCAUGGAUAAGAUGGUCACUACACAGGAUAAACAUGUAUGGAAGGAGCAUGAGAAGAAGUGGAAAUGGUUGGCAUGCAAAGUAUGUGAACUGAGUUUGGCUGACUACACAUUUAACAAGUAUAUGCCGUCUGUGAUUGUGCUGUGUGCCAUGAAAGUGGCAAAAGAUCUGCUGAAGAAUUCAGUGCAGCCCACAGACAACGACGCUGGUUCAUCACAAACAUUGGAGUCUUUCUGUUUUCAAGAGUUUCCAACAUUUGAAGCUCAGCUUUUGUUUCAGCAAUGCACAGUAGAUCUGAAAUUGUUGGUUUCUCUUAAUCAAGAUGCAGUCCAGGACUUCAUAGCAUUAUAAAUCAUUAUAUUAGUUCAUUCCACAAAAUGAUCACAUUGACAAUUUGCUAAAACGUACUUAAGAAAUUCACCUGAAGAAAGUUAACAAAAAAUGCAAAAUACUGUAGUGUACUGUUUUGCUAUGAAUCUGUAAUACUGUAGAUCUGUACUACUCCAUAUGACUCAAAAAAGGGUGGAUUUAUAAUACACAUGAAACAACUUGUCAAGCUGUAUUUGUCCUAUAAUUUAUUUAUGCAAAAGUAAGGUUUUAUUUUAAAUGUAUGUGUACUGUAUGUAGAAUCCAACUUUUUGAAUUUCUGUUUGUAAAAU